AAACGUAGACACGCACGCUCUAUCUUCCGUAUACCUCCGCCUCGCCUGCGCCUUCGCCUCGCCUCGCCUCGCCUUCGCCUUCGCCUACUACGCCUUCGCCUCCGCCUUCGCCUCCGCCGCCUCGCGCUACGUAGUGAGCAACAGAUAUUAAAACGUGCACGUUGCCGAGUAGAAGCGAGCCCACCGGCCUCGUAGAAAGCGAAAAAAAUGCAGCGUCCGGUCGUCGAUCACUGGAGAAAAAUCCUACUGCUCGUGUAUAGUUUGCCAUUAUUUUCAUACGCGACACUGGCGGAUCACAUGAACGUGCAAUUGAUAGCGCCGCAGUACGUAACGCACGGCAGCACGGCCACCUUGCUGUGCAACCACACUGUCGCGGACGACUUGCUGCACAAAAUAGAAUUUAUGAAGGGCGAGAAGAGGAUAUUUCAGUACAUUAAGGAGAGAAAUCCGCCGUAUAUCCCAACGCAGCACAUCGACGGCGCCAUACUGGAGUUCUCGAAGAACGGCACGACAAUCAAAUUGCACAAAGUACGUUACGAAGCUUCCGGUUAUUAUACCUGUGAAGUGACUAUGACAACACCCAUUUACACUGCUGGCGCUAAUCCCGUACACAUGAUAGUGAUAUCUCCACAGUCUCUGAAUCCUAACAUUACGUUCGAGAAGAGCGUAUACGUGGUAGGCGAAAGCCUGGAGGCAAAUUGUUCGUCUUCGCCCGCACACCCAGUUCCUUACAUAACGUGGUUGAUAAACGGCAAAGAGGUGGAUAUUGAUCGGGUGAGUCAUUAUCCGCAUACAUAUCAUAGAGAGACCAAUCUGAUGUCCGCUACCGCCAAGCUGAAAGUGGAGGUUUCCGCCUUGCACGCCGGCGAAAACGGACUUCUUGAGAUCAGCUGUCGGGCAACAAUACCCGAUUUUCCCAUACACCACGAGCAAUUUGCCGAUAUUAGAAAAAAGACGGUGUCAGUGCAAAUCAUACCAGCGCCGGAUGUGACGUCUUCCGCGGCGAUUCUCAUACGAGAACUAACGCUACCUACAAUACUCUGCAUAUUGAGCGCGAUGCACGAGUUUAUUCCUUAAUAAAAAGUCAAUUGCUCUAGGAUAAUUCGGCUGUAAAAAAUAUCUAAUUAUAAGGAUAUUAAGGCGAUGAAACGUAAGAUCGAACAAUCACAAUGUCUUCCUUCGAUAUAUCGAAAUACACGGGGGCAGCGGUUUUAUUGUCUUUGCAGAAGUUUUGUAAACUCAUAGACGCGGCUUCUUCGUGCGCAAACUAUUUUCGAUUAUUGCUUAUAACGAGCGUCGUCUGUCUCGCGAAACAUAUCAAUCCCAUUGUCAUGAGAAAACAAAUGUCCGAACAUUCGGCAAGCUGUGUCGGAAAGCUAUGUCUCUUCCUUCAAUGACUAUAUUCGAAUCUAUUUAUUAUAGAGUUUAUCGUAUGAUAGAAUUCUGAAAAUUAUUAUCUUAAAAACAGGUGAUAAGAAAAACGAGCUACGCAAAGAUAUUUUUGUUCCAUAGCAAAAUAUGUAUAUAUUUGUAUCGUUGAAUUAAUUAAUGUAUCUUUGAAAAAACAGAGUUUAUAUUACAGUUUAAAGUAAAACGUGGCUUUAUUGUUAAAUAUAUAUGAAAAAUUUGAUCUAUAUUAAUGUUAUCGAGAUGUGACGUAUGCACAUUACAAACUGUAAUUUAUAUUUUAAUUUAAAAAGAAAACGAUAUGGUUUUCCGAUACGCGUUAAUAUAUAACAUUUCAUCUAGUCUCGCCUCGCCGCUGGAGAAAUACAAUGUUUUUUAAGCUGGCAAAUACGUUUCUUGUUACUCUGUGCGCGCACAUUUUUAUAAAAGCUGUGCAAAAAAAGUCUGCUACCGUAAAAAAAAAAAACGCUUUAAUAUCAAUCGAAUCAGUUUAAUAGAUUUUUCCCUCUUUCGGGAAACGAUAUCUGAUUCAUCAAUAGCUCAGUUUUCCAUUUCUCAUUAAUAUAGACUUUUUUCCUUUUUUUACAAUAUUCCCACAUCGUUCAACCCAUUAGGAUCUCGAUAAAAAUGAAAAAA